GUCAGAGCACAGCAGUGUGGUAGAGAAGAAAAUUCUCUAUUAGAGGAAGUGCUAAUACACUUCUAAUAGAGAAGUGUAUUAGCACUUUGGAGCUUUGGUACAGGUUACAAACUUGACUUGCACACAGCAGUGGGUACAGUGAGAGAGCAUCCAGCGACGGUCGGGACAGACCCGCUUGGUGUCAGAAAUGAAGGACAUGACUGGAAACAGGAGGAUUUUGAUAGUGACCCUCAUAUUCUGGCAACUUAAGUGUUUGGUAUCUCUAGAUCCAGCAUGGACACAACUGCGGUUCAUGGGCAAAACUGACAAUAAUACAAACAGUCCAAAUGAAAGCAACCAUGAGGAUGAUGCUGCCUCGGUUCUCCAGCUGCCAGAGCAUCCACUGGCUGACGGACUGAGGCGGGUGAAGAGAGACUGGGUUAUUCCACAAAUCAACUUUCCAGAAAACGUCCGCGGAACAUAUCCCAAAUUUCUGGUGACACUCAAGUCAAGUAAAGCUGAAACAGUAGCCAUAACUUACAAGAUCAGUGGUCCAGGUGCGGAUCAGCCCCCCGAAGGUAUUUUUACUGUCGAUGACCGGUCUGGUAUGAUGUAUGUGACCGAGCCACUGGACAGGGAGAAACAAGCCAAAUACACUCUGUGGGCUUAUGCCCUGGAAGUGACAGGGAACGCAGAGCAGCCCCUGGAGAUCAUCAUCAACAUCAUUGACCAGAAUGACAACAAACCAGAAUUCACUCAGAAGGUUUUCACCGGCAGAGUGAGCGAAAGUGCCGAAGUUGGUAAACCCAUCUUGAGUGUAACAGCUGUAGAUAAGGACGAUCCAAAUACAGACAAUGCUAUAAUUAGGUAUCGACUACUAUCUCAGACACUGAGAAUGCCCAAAGAGGAGAUGUUUGCUAUAAACGCAGUGAGUGGACUGAUUAGUCUGAAGGAACAGGGACUGGAUAGAGAGACUCAUCCAGAAUACAAACUGAUCAUUGCUGCUGCUGAUAUGGAAGGGAAAGGGCAGAUCACAACCUGCACUGCUGUCAUUACCGUUACUGACAGCAACGAUAAUGCUCCAAAUUUCACUGACACAUCUAUGUCCACAACAGUCCAUGAGAAUGCGAUAGGAGUGGAGGUAGCAAGAUUGAAAGUCACUGACAUGGACGAGUCAGGAUCUCCAAAUUCAAACACCAAAUACUCCAUCAUCAAAGGCAAUGAAGGUGGAGCCUUUAACAUCACUGCUGGUUCAAAUAAGAUGGAGGGAAUAAUCACAACUGCCAAGGAGCUGGAUUUUGAGAGCUUGCCUGAGUACAAACUGUUGGUGGUGGUAACAAACGAGGCGCCAUUUUCCGUCCCCAUGUCCACAUCCACAGCCACAGUCACAAUAAAAGUUAUUGACAGAAACGAGCCUCCUGUUUUCAGCCCAGCCGAGGUUCACGUAAGCCUCUCAGAGGACGUGAGAGUCGGCACGGCCGUGGUUCAGCUGAAAGCAAAGGACCCGGACACAGCCAGAGCACAGCGCGUAAUAUACAAACUCUACAACGACAGCGCCCGGUGGCUGAGCACCAACCACAGCACUGGAUCAGUUAAAGUUGUGAGCGGCAUGGACCGAGAGUCGCAAUACGUCAGAGAAAACAAAUAUACAGUUUUAGUUUUGGCUUAUGAUGACGAUCUUAUUCCAGCUACAGGAACUGGUACUCUGGUUGUGAGUUUGUUGGAUGUGAAUGACCACCUUCCGAUGGUCAGGCAGAAAACUGCUACUCUGUGUAACUCUGACCUUUUUCCUGCACUCCUGGACAUAGUGGAUCUGGAUGGACCGGGUCAUGCUGGGCCAUUUACUGUGGAGCUUAUAGGAGGACAUAAGAAGAACUGGACUGUCAAAACCAAUUCCACAAGCAAUGUGGCAGCUCUUUACCCCAAACAAAACCCAUCUUCUGGAGACUAUAAUGUUACCAUGAGGAUUUAUGAUGUUGGGGGGCUCUACAAAGACAGUUCGCUGGUCGUAGAGGUGUGCCACUGUCAAGCUGGAGUAGAUGCCUGCUUGCCAAGGCCUGACGGACGUCAAGACAUUCCUUCUUUUGCAACCGCUCUGCUGGGAUCUGUUUUUGGCCUUCUGUUGCUGCUCCUGCUGCUCCUGUUGCUGCUGAGCAGAAGGAGGAGGGCAGGGAAGGAGGCCCCUCUCCUGGAAGAUCUGACCCGUGAUGACAUCUUCUGCUACAGUGAGGAGGGAGGAGGUGAAGACGACCGGGACUAUGAUUUGUCCCAGUUGCACAGAGGGCUGGACAACCGACCUGAAGUCUUCAGCACAGAUGUGUUUCCUACUGUUUUCCAGGCUCUACCGGGGUACCGUCUGCAAAUCCAAGCCAACGAGGAAGUUUGCAAAUUUAUUGAACAUAACCUGCAAGCGGCAAACAGAGACCCCACAGUUCCUCCAUAUGACUCUCUUCUCAUGUUCGACUAUGAGGGUGGAAGCUCUGAGGUGGAUUCACUCAGCUCCAUUCAGUCUUCAGAUUCGGAUGAGGAUCAGGAUUUUCAGAGUUUGAAUCAGUGGGGGCCACGCUUCAGCAGACUGGCAGACCUGUACGCUAAGGGAAGAGAGGAGGAAGACGAUGACAACCAAACACUGCCAGGAAAGUCAGAAUGGGUCUGACAUGCCCAAAUAUAUGUGGAGGUCAUCUAAACUUACAGCUGUCUGUCCUAGAAAUGAUCAGUGGCCUUUUUCUGACACCAUGUGUGUUUUAUUUUUACAGAGGCUGUACUCUUUCUUUCUGUUAGCUUUGUGUGCUGUUGCUGAAUUCUUUGACAAUAAUAUUUAAACAGAAGUCAUAUUUGAUUGUUUUUGAUGCACAUCUGUUUUACAGUUAUUUUUUUUAUACUUG